AUGCCAUUUCUAAGGAAAAUAACUGGUGGGGGAGGACAUAGUAGAUCUAAUUCAAACAAUUCUAUAAAAUCUGCUCAUUCACCUGGUACCGGAUCUUUGAAAAAUAAUUCCACAUCACAUUCCAAAGUCCCAAGCAUUCGUCAUUCAGCAGAACAUCAUAGGCCAUUUUCAUAUUAUUCUCAUCAAUUCCAUAGCUCAGGUUCGGACUAUACUUUAGUAUCUGGAAAAUCCUCACCAACUAGUGUUACUAGAUCUCCGAUCUCUGAAAGGAAUAUUUUGAGCUCUUCUCCUUCUAAUAAUAGCGCUUCUUUGCUCUUAGAUAGAGAUCCUUCACAACAUACCCAUUCUAAGAAACUGUCACAUUCAAGACACUCUUCAUCAAGUAGUUUAAAUCAAAAUGUAUCAAAAGUUAGCAAAUUAAUAGUCUCUUGGGAUACAGCUGAUCCAGACCAAUGGACAUUAAAUAGAGUUUUGCUGUGGCUGAAAUUCCAUGAGUUCCCAGAAUGUUGGAUUAAUUUUAUUAGAAAACGCUCAAUACAAAAACAAACAUUUAUUAGUUUAUUAGCUUAUGAAAAUUUCUUAGUCUAUGAAAAAUACUUGCCACAAUCAAAGUCUGCUUCAUAUGAUAAAUUUCAAAAUUUACUAAAAUUAACAAUGGCUCAAAAUGUUACCAACAACCAUCAUAUACGCCAGAAAAGUGCCGAUAUAAAACUAAAUAAUUUUAGAAGCAUAAGUGAUUCGACAAAGGGUAAACCAGAUCAGCCACCUUCAAUUAGUGAUUUAGCUGCAAUAAGAUCAGUUUCCGAAUCUGCUUUACCAAUAAAUCAUAACCAAGAAUUUGAACAUGAAGAAAGACCAGUAAUUAGAGCUCAUCAUAAGGCAAAAAGUACUGAUGCACUUUAUAGAAGAAGCUUCAUCUCUUUAAAAACUACAUCUCCAUCAACUAAAUCACAUUCUAGAACAUUUUCUGGGAUGAAAUUAAAUAUCCCCCUAAAUCUAUCAAACGAAACUAGUAACAAUUCUUCAAAAUCCGCAUCACCUCCACUAUCUCCUUCACAUGGGGUUCUUUCUAGGAAGCAACAUAAAAGUACGUCUUCUGAAUCAUCUCUAUUGAAUGUUCUUCUUGGAUCAAAUGGGCCUAAUGGGUCCAAUACUACAAAUACAAGCUCGACUACCUUACCAACAGAUGAAGAAAUACAAAAAUAUUAUAAUAGAUUAGAAGCAAGUUCAAACAAGAAUCCCCCAAGCCUUAACCAAGAUUCUAAAUCCCUUAAGUCGCAAUACUUAAGACAAUCGCCAGUUAUUCAAGAAGAGAGAAGCUCACUAUGGGAGAAAUUUAAAAGAAGAAGUCAGAUAGGAACAUCAUACACUUAUCCAGCUCGUCCUAAUACCACUGGCAGCUUACAGUCAUUAGUAACUAAUAGCAAAGAAAACUUGACUACGACGGCAUCAAAUAGCCAUCACAACACAGAUAUGUCUGCGGACUCCGAUCGUGAAAUUAUAGAUGACAGAAUCUUACAAACUCCCGGACCCGUUGAUCAUGAAAAAAAUAAGGGACAUCAAAAUGACAUAGCAAAAACACCCUUAGAAAAGAUCUCUGACUACAAAGGCUCAAAUUCCUUAUUCACACCAAACAUACCGGAACUCCCUUAUAUUAGUCAAGCUGUAGAGAACCUGAACUCAACAGAGCCGAGUUCAAAUUUACUCACUGAAACUGCUUUAGGCAUUCAUAACGAAACAAAAAUAUAUCAAAACAUAACGUCCAAUAUAUCAGAAUCUAGUUUGCCGCCUCCAGCCAUCGCUCCUAAUCUCAGAGAGAACCUUCAUGUUCUUGAUUCCAUAUACUUACCCCAAUACAUUGAAAAGAAGUCUGUGUUUAUUUUAAUAACAAGUGAUAAUAAAUGUUUUCAACCAUUCGAUGUCUCAACUGUUUCUAGUAUCGAAGAUCUGUUACUUGAUGCUGAAAAAUUCUUAGGAUUAGAAAAUUAUAAAACUGAAGUUUACUUAACAGACUUUAAUUGUAAAUUAGGUAAGCCAUUAUCACCAGAAUUGUUGAAAACUUGUACCAAUAACUUAUUUAUUAAUACCACAGGGAAAUUAUACUUUCACGUAUUAGAUGGGCCAAUUGAAACUGAUAAAGGAAAUUCUGUUUCAUCUAAAUUAUUACCUGAUGCUUCAUCUCGAUUAAGUGUAACAAGGAAUGAAUCCAUUGGCUCUAAUAAUAAUAGUCUUACAAAUUCAAAUGAUCAAGCAUCAAUAACUACAUCAUCUUCGGAUAUUUAUUCGUUUGAUGAUAGAGGAUCAGAAAAUGGUAGAAGGUAUCCUCGAACUCCUAGCCAUUACUAUGAUAUACCGUCUACAACUUCUACUGGCGAAGAAGUUAAUUAUUGGAAUGCUAAAGAGGUAGCUAUUAAAAAUAAUUUCGCCAAUUCAGAUAGUAAUAUAAAAUCAGUAGCACAAAGAGUGGCUGAACUUCAAAAAGAUGACAAACCAAAUGAAAUUGAACCAAAAAUUAAAAAUUUUAAUAAAAGAAGAGAUUCACCUUUCUUGGAGGAUAAUUUAGCGCCCAAAAGAGAAGCUCCCAAACCACCAAUUGAUGUAUCACCUAGUAGAGCAUUAUCAACUAAAAAACAUGUGUCGGUUCUCCAUAGAGGACGGUCAAAACUGACAAGAAAAAAAGAAAUUGAAAGUUUAAGACUAAAAGGCUUAUCACCUGUUUCCAUGACGAAUAAGAGCACAACUCCAGAAACUGUGAUAUCUUCAUAUAUUCCUGGUUCAACAAAUAUUUUGGUACCACAACCAUAUAAAGGUGCCGACGUAAAUACGAAUAAAACGAGAGAUGAAGGCCCUUCAGUUUUAACUAACUCUAUAUAUUUGAAAAACAAACCAAGAAGAUCAAGUUCAACUUUAGCAUCAGUAAUGUCAAAUUCAAAAUCUAGAAAGCACAUAAAUGAUGAGUUCUCACAAGCUGUUUCUAGAUCAUCAACAUUCAAACAAAAAAUUAGCAGAUCCAGUUCUAUAAAAUCCAGCAGUAGUUCUUUGUAUCAUGGUACACCACCUCUGUUGAAGAGAGGGAGUACAAGAAGAAUUAUUUCAUUAUCGUCUGCAGCUGAUGUAUUUGAUGAAAACAACAUAACAUUUGCUGACGCACCAGAACUUACUGAUUCUGAUGGUUCUGAUGAUAUUAUUUGGAAUAAAGCUGAUACAACAGAUUCUAAAAAGAUAGAUGCUAGCGAUUCUUCUGAUGAUAUUAUAUGGACAACUCCAAAGGGUAAAGAACAUUCUAAAGUGGAAACAAAAAACAAUAAUGAAGAUUUAGAUAGUUCAUCAUCAGAUGAUAUUAUAUGGUUAUCCAAGAGUGGUACCAAUACACCUGUUGGUAAACAGAACAAUAUCGAAAUGUCCAAUUACAAAAGUAACUACAAUACUAUGAAAGAUCAGGAUGAAGAAGAAGAUGGAGAUGAUGAAGACGAUAUUAUUCUCGGACAACCUAAUAUUAAUGACGAGGAUCAUAUACUAGGAAGACCUGACGAAGAUGAUAGCAGAAAACUUCUAAGACGCAUGACAUUGAGACCCUCUCCUGAAAUGGUUUACCAAAAUCUGGAGAAGUUUUUCCCACAAGCAAAUUUAGACGAACCUGUUUUAGAAGGUCACACUCCACCUGCUUCACCAAGAUCUACGAGGUCACUCGAUGCUAGUAAAGUAUCUUCACCGUUAAAAGAAAAUAUUUCAUGCAUUUCACACACUAUGAUUACGUCUCCAAAACCAGAAUCUGUUCAAAAUAAAUCUAAACUCGACACACCACCAAAUAAACCUCUUAAUCGUAGGCUAAAAAGAACUAAAACAAUUAGAACAAUUGCCCACGAAGCUAAUGAAAAAAGAAGGAAGUCUGUAAAGUUAAAAAGACAAAACACAAAGAUGUGGGGUACAAAGGUUGUUGAAAUCACUAAGAAGACAAAUGUUUCAAUCAACAAAUCUAAAAAUGAUAGAGGAGAAUACAAAGAGUUUGCUUGGGUAAAAGGUGAAUUAAUUGGUAAAGGAUCCUUUGGGUCAGUUUAUCUUUCAUUGAAUGUUACUACUGGGGAAAUGAUGGCUGUUAAACAGGUCGAAGUCCCAGAAUUUGGCUCCCAAAAUGAAGCUAUUGUUAGUACUGUGGAAGCUUUAAGAUCUGAAGUUACUUUGUUAAAAGAUUUAGAUCAUAUCAACAUUGUUCAAUACUUAGGAUUUGAAAAGAAAAAUAAUAUUUAUAGCUUAUUUUUAGAAUAUGUGGCUGGGGGUUCUAUUGGUUCAUUGAUUAGAAUGUAUGGUAGAUUUGAUGAAAGUCUAAUCAGACAUUCGACAACACAAAUUUUAGCCGGUCUUUCAUAUCUACAUUCAAAAGGUAUUUUACAUAGAGAUAUGAAAGCUGAUAAUAUUCUUUUGGAUGGUGAAGGUAUUUGCAAAAUUAGUGAUUUUGGUAUUUCAAGAAAAUCAAAAGAUAUUUAUUCUAAUUCUGAAAUGACGAUGAGAGGUACUGUAUUCUGGAUGGCACCUGAAAUGGUGGAUACUAAACAAGGUUAUAGCGCUAAAGUUGAUAUUUGGUCUCUUGGUUGUAUUAUUUUGGAAAUGUUUGCUGGUAAAAGACCAUGGUCAAAUUUAGAAGUUGUGGCUGCUAUGUUUAAGAUUGGUCAGAGUAAAUCUGCUCCACCAAUACCUGAAGAUACUUUACCCUUAAUAUCACAGGACGGUAGAGAUUUCUUAGAUGAUUGUUUUAAAAUUGACCCUGAAAAGAGACCAACAGCAGAACAAAUGCUAGAUCAUCUAUUUUCGCAGGUAGAUCCUAAUUUUGACUUUUCUUCGACAGAUUUGGUAAAAUAUAUCAGGUGUAAUGAUAAAAUGAAUUCUACUAAGUUACGUGUACACUCUGGUGAUUACACGAAUGUCAACCAUUGA